ACCUACUCAACUAGUCAUGUUUGGUCCCCUAUUACCAAAUGGCGGCAUCGAACAUGCCCUAACCCCAGUUAUGAAGCUGAUCGACUUUGGAAACAUGUCUGAUUAUCCAGAUGAAGAGUAAGUUAACUGUCCUCAGGAGUCGGUGAGUUUCGAUAUCAAACUUGGCAAUAUUUGUGCUUCGUCUUCCCCUCCCGUUCGCUUGUUAUUACCUAGAAGAUGGUCUAAUCAGAUGACAGCUCAUGUGCCUACUGAUAUCACUAGAUAGCGACGAGGUAACAGUUGUAGUGGAUGGUGGUAUUGAAAUGUAUACGGGGUUCCUCUCGGUGGGAAAUGGCCAGCCACCAAUCCAAGUGGCCGCGGGAUUUAUGUGUCCAGAUGAUCCUGACAAUGAAGACUUCAGCCACAUAGACCCAAGCUUGCUCACAUCGGUAUUGACUUGCACGGCGUGCUACCCACCGGACCGACCUACUCUAGCAGAUCUCGAGCAACUAGCUUACCAGGCUGUACAUGAGCGAACCCAACAAACAUAUAUCCAAGCCAAUUUCUCGUCGGCCGAGGCUGAGAGCGACGAGAACAUUCGACAAAUCAUUCAGGAUAUGAUAUUUAAUGCUAGAACCUAGAAUAUCUUGCGUGGUAGAGAUAUGAUUCUUG